GAAAUGGUCACUUUCUUUUAGCAUAUAGGAGUAGCAGUCUAGCAGAAGGUGGUUUAAUUAUUUGCAAAAAUGGGCGGUGGCCGGAAAGUAGGUUUAAUAGCGGCAGCAGCUAUACUAACAGUAAUCAUAAUAAUCACACUUUCAAAACCCAAAACCUCAUGGAACAAAGAAACAGUUGUGGAAUUCUUCACACAGAUGAAGGAUCGGUUAGGUAACUGGGCGAUUCCGGUCUACGUGGCGAUCCACACGAUUUCGCUCGCUUUAUGCCUUCCCUACGCCGUGUUUUUCGAGGCCGGUGCUUCUCUACUCUUCGGAUUCUUUCCGGCGUUGCUCUGCGUCUUCUCUGCUAAAGUUCUCGGUGCUUCUCUCUCCUUCUGGAUCGGAAGGCUGCUUUUUCGGAGUUCUAGUUCGGCGAUUCAGUGGGCACAUGGAAAUAAAUAUUUUCAUGUGCUUUCUAAGGGAGUUGAACGCGACGGUUGGAAAUUUGUUCUUCUUGCCCGUUUCUCUCCUAUACCCUCAUAUGUCAUCAAUUAUGCUUUGGCUGCCACAAACGUCCGUUUUUUGAGGGAUUUUUUUGUGCCAACUGUCCUGGGGUGCCUGCCUAUGAUCUUACAAAAUACAUCCGUGGGUAGCCUUGCUGGUGCAGCCAUGGCGUCCUCCACCGGGUCUCACUCAAACAAGUCAAACCUUUGGUCGUACAUAUUUCCAAUGCUCGGCAUUUCAUCAAGCAUUCUCAUCUCUUUAAGAAUAAAAAAGUACUCUUCCAGUAUUGCCAUAGAUAAGCCUGUAGAAAAGACCAGUUGACAAACAGUGUUAUAGACUACAAUACCAUCGUAGGCGGGGUAUGAAGGAGGCAGAAUGUAGACAGACAUACGUCUAUACGAAGAUAGAGAAACAACUUUGAAACAAUGUUAUGAACUAGUGAUUCGAAUUUCUAUUUUGUAUUUUUUUUUUUUAAAUGUAAUGCCUUAAAUGGCAGCUGUAAUUGUAAUUCCAAAAUGUUAUGAUUGCAAGAUAGACCAGCGUUAGAAGACAA